CGUGGGGAGGGCCAGGCCGGGGCCGGAAGUGGCGCGCGGGCGGGAUUAAAAUGGCGGCGGCGUGAAAUUGCAUGUUGUUGUGGGGGCCCCGCCGAGUCCGUUGGGAGGAACCGCCAGUUGCCCCCCCCCCCCGCCAUGGCGGUGACCGUCACCCUGAAGACGCUGCAGCAGCAGACCUUCAAGAUCCGCAUGGAGCCCGAAGAGACGGUGCGAGUUCUUAAGGAGAAGAUUGAGGCCGAGAAGGGCAAGGAUGCUUUCCCAGUGUCGGGCCAGAAGCUCAUCUACGCUGGCAAGAUCCUGAGCGACGAUGUCCCCAUCAAGGAGUACAAGAUUGAUGAGAAGAACUUCGUGGUGGUGAUGGUCACCAAGGUAUGGCUGGGCACUUCUCUUCAUAACAAAGCUGCUUGGAGGCAGGAAGGUGGCCGUGCUGAGCUGUCUCCCCUUGCCGUGUCCAGAGGACUUCCUAGGAGCAGCAGUGGUGUAGUGCAUUCUAAUCUGGAGGAACCGGUGCAUUCUAAUCUGGAGCAGGUGCAUUCUAAUCUGGAGGAACCAGGAUAA